AUGGGGUCCGUGUCCAGUCUGAAGCUGGGGAAGCUGAAGGUGGUGCGGCGGCAGCUGCUGCAGAGGUAUGAGCACCAGCCGUUUGUGUCAUGUCUGGCUGGUCUAUAUGGCUGUCAAUGGAGACGCUACCAGAGGGCCAAGUCACAGCCUGGGGAGAGCUGCUGCAGCAGGGUGGAGUGUGGCAGCGUGGUAGUCCUGGUCCUGACCUUCCUUCUCUCCUCUCUGUUCCUCUACUUCUGGAGCCAGGCUCACAACGAUUACAAUGACUUUGACUGGUUUAAAUUUGAGACUCUGGGAUUCUGGUUCCCCUGGUCUCUGGUGCUGCUGGUUGUUGCUGCUGCUCUGUUCACCUACAUCUCUCUGCUGUUGGUACUAGCAGUGUGUUUACUGUCUGAGGGACAGAGGCUGUACCUUCACUGGAGUCACAAGAUGGGGAUCGUGGUGACCAUGGCUUUCUCUGUCAGUGCCAUGGCCGUUCUCUCUGAGGUGUGGAGUAAAGAGUGGAAGACCCUUCUCCUCUCCCUGCAGGUCACAGCCCCCUUUCUUCAGGUAGGCGGGGUUUUAUUGAUGACUCUCCUGUCCUGGCCAAUUGCGCUGCACUUUUUUCGUAUGAACAAGAGAGUGCAUCAGGUGUGUCUGUUGGGUGUGUACAUGAGUGUAUUGUUCAGUCUGUACCUGGUUCCUCUGGCCAUGUAUUCUCCCUGCAUCAGAGAAGCUGGAACCCUGGGGCCAAAACCAACACUCCUCGGACACAGAGGAGCUCCCAUGCUUGCCCCAGAGAAUACUCUAAUGUCUUUUGAGAGCGCAGUGGAGGCUGGAGUGGACGGGUUUGAGACUGACGUCACUAUAAGUGCUGAUGGCGUUCCGUUUGUGAUGCAUGACCUCACCCUGCAGAGGACCACUAACGUAGAGGAGGUGUUUCCUAACAGAACACACACACCUGCUGCCCUGUUCACCUGGUCUGAUAUACAGCAGCUCAAUGCCGGGGCCUGGUUCCUCUCUUGGGAUCCGUUUGGCACGUUGUCCUCUCUGUCACCAAAGCAGCGAGCGCUAGCUGCCAAUCAGACGGUUCCCUCCCUGGAUGAAGUUCUGGAUGUAGCGAAUCGGACGGGCAGGAUAGUGCUGUUUGACCUGAGACAACCUCCUCCUGGACACCCUUACAGAGACAACUACCUCAACAUCACCCUGGACCUCAUACACACACACAUCAACUCCAGCCAGGUGCUGUGGCUGCCAUCAGAUCAGAGAGAGGAGAUACAGCAGGUGGAUUCAGAGCUGCAACAGACAGCAGGACAGACUGCCUCUAUUCAGGAACUACAGGACAACCACAUCACUACCCUCAACCUGCACUACAGCACCAUGUCUCUACAACACGUCAGUAAGUACAGGUCGGUGAACAUCAGUGUGAACCUGUAUGUAGUGAACCAGCCGUGGCUCUACUCUCUGGCCUGGUGCAGUGGAGCAUCCUCUGUUACCACCAACAACAUGCUGCUGAGAGAUAUACAUACACCGCUGCUCCUUGUGACUCCAGAGCAGUAUAGUGUGAUAUGGGUUCUGAUUGACCUGGUCUCUGCUGCUCUUAUCGUCUGUGUCUUCAUAUUCCACUGGUGGCGUGAGCGAGGCCUACACUUCUGGUCAGGCAGUCAACAGACACACGAGACUGGGCCUUAUAGCAAGUUCAGGACCGAGCUCAGCGACGUCUGGUCCAUAUCCAGUGGGAAUGUCCGAACGGAACUACGGACCCCCAGUACCCUCCACACCAUCACAGAGGAGUAACACACACACACACACUCACCCAGUCACGCACACACAAAGUGUGACCACACAAGAAUGAGCAUAGGGAAGCGGGAAGGAAAACAAGAGGAUGAACUGAAUGUGUAAAAAGAGGAAGAGGCUGAUGUAAUGUGAAAGAUAAGCCAGUAUUUUGAUAAUCCUGACUAAGACUGUUGUUCCUGUGUCCUCACCUGACCAGCUCAUUCACACCCCCUCUGGUGACCACAGGAACUGCAGAACUGAAUUGCUGGAAUAUGAAAUAUACACUGAACAAAAAAUAUAAACUCAACAUGUAAAGUGUUAGUCCCAUAUUUCAUGAGCUGAAAUAAAAAAUCCCUGAAAUGUUCUAUAUGCACAAAAAGCUUAUUUCAUCCCUGUUAGUGAGCAUUUCCUCAUUUACCAAGAUAAUCCAUCCACCUGACAGGUGUGGCAUAUCAAGAGGUAUGAGGUGCACCUUGUGCUGGGGACAAUAAAAGGCCACUUUAAAAUAUGCAGUUUUGUCACACAACACAAUGCCACAGAUGUCUCAAGUUUUGAGGGAGCGUGCAAUUGGCAUGCUGAGUGCAGGGAUGUCCUCCAGAAAAUGUCAUGUACAUUUCUCUACCAUAAACUGCCUCCAAUGUUGUUUUCGAGAAUUUGGCAGUACGUCCAGCUGGCCUCACAACUGCAGACCACGUGAAACCACGUCAGCCCAGGAUCUCCACAUCUGGCUUCAUCACCGGCGAGAUUAUCUGAGAUGGGUUUGGAGUGAGGGGUAAUGAGGAGUAUUUGUCUGUAAUAACUCAUUCUGAUUGGCUGGGCCUGGCUGCCAAGUGGGUGGGCCUAUGCCGUCCAAGGCCCACCCAUGGCUGCACCCCUGCCCAGUCAUAUGAAAUCCAUAGAUUAGGCCCUAAUUAAUUUAUUUCACUUGAAUGAUUUCCUUAUAUGAACUGUAACUCAGUAAAAUCUUGGAAAUUGUUGCAUGUUACGUUUAUAUUUUGGUUCAGUAUAUUGUUUUUAUUCUCAUAACUGUAAUGACAUCAGCUGCAUUAGAGGAAUGUAUUAACUAGUGUCUUAUAUUUUCUGUGUGAGUGAGUGGAUGCAGGUGAACACUGACUGUACUGUGGUUUUAGUUUGAUACGGUUUUAAUGAUCAGGAGUUGCUAUUUAUAUUUGAAUGUAUGACCAAGCAAUAGCCUAGGGUUUUAGCAUGGCAGUGAAUACAGCGUCUGCUUCUGCUAACACACGUAUCUAUCUAUCAUGAGAUUUACUCCUAAAUCAUAAUGGUUUAUUUUGAGGUUGUAGAAGCUGUGUAUGACUUUCAAGUGUUGUGUGGAAAGUUGCUGGUUUCAGGUGUUAGUCUGUGGGUUGGUUGGUUGGUAAUGGCUCUGCGGACAGUGUUGAGCAGGAGACAAGAGAUCUAAGUGCCAUAGGAGACACAAUGUCCACAAGCCACUGGCCAGCCAUACAGAGGAGAGGAGAGAGAUUUUAUGGGCUUCUACAAAACUUUUGUUAUUAUCUGAAGCCUUCUAGAACUCUCCAAGAGAUUCUGGAACCCUCCCAAGACAUUCUAGAACUAUCCCAGGGCAUUUUAGAACACGCAAAGACAUUCUAGAACUGUCCUAAUACAUUCUCACAAGCCAUUCUAAAACUCUCCAAGACAGAAAAUACAUGUUGACAAUCUGUAUGUUCACAGUAAGCCAACUAACAGAGCAGUUGACAUCCUGAUGACCAGAGAGUAAAAUAAUGAUCUUCUGCCAUUGGUGGAAUUGCACUCCGCCUUGCUUGCAUUAGAGACCGCUAGGCUAUACAAAUACCAUGCUAUCAGGAAUCGAAACCUACAUUUGGUCCCAACAAUGAUUCAAAGGUAUCAAAAACUCAGAAUGUAAUUGUUGUUAAAUAGCAAAAGGAUACAUAGUAUUUCUGGUUGUUUUCUGUAUAACAGGACGACCGUUUUGUUUUAAUGUAUAUGAUCCUUCUCUAUGUUCUGUUACUAUUUUCUGACUGUAAAUGGUAUUACCUGAUAUUAAAAAUCUUUAAAGGA